AUGGUGCCUUCGCUGGCUGGCUCCUCGGAUCUAUCGUCCGGGGUAAUUUCUGGAUUUCGAAGGGCGUUGGUGUGGGCAGACGGCGGACAAGCGGCAGCAGCGGAGGGGUGUCCCUCCGUCGUGUCUAGCCUGAACGGCAUUCCCGGAAGAGGUGCGGGAAGCGCGGAUGUCUACAGCGACAACGCCACCGGCGGAGAACAUGCGGACCAGUCAAGAAACCUCCCUGGCGAAGGCAAUCGCGACAACCACCCGAAGCCCGCACAAGGCUUGCAUCGCGAAGGCAGCGGUGACAACAGUGACAACGACAGGGACGAUGAUUACGCUUUAAGCAGCAUCGGCGGCGGCGAUGAUGCUGACGGGCGCUUUGGGAACGCCGGGGGCACCCACGGUAGACUCAGCAGGGGCGGUGGGGGCGGGAUUACUAGCCACGACCCAGAAGUGAAGGGAGUCGGCGCCCCUGAGGGUGAUGGGUACAAGCUUGAUGGACGAUUGAAGGAGAGCCUGACGUGGAGAUGGCCGAGUAUGUGCUCCACGGCGGAUGCCAGAGGCGCGAAUGACGAUCUUUCGCCGCAGAAACCUCCCAAAGGGAGCUAUCUUCGGCAGCGCGGACCCACAGACUUUCGUGACUUUUUCGACAGCGAAGAGGAAAUGGCUGCCCGACAACAGCAGCCGAAGGCAUACGCCCACCUGGGAGGUCUGCGCGAAGAAGGAAAAGCGAAGUACGUGUUCGAUCGGACAAGUCACACUCGGAAGGGCUCGCUGGCCGCCCAUUUGCGGGGAGACUACGAGCCUCGCCCUAAGGGUUAUCGGGGCACCAACGUCCACUCCGUGGCAGACUGGCGACGGCUCAACACCACCCUCGACAGAUAUGCUAUCACGGGCAGGGAGGCAAUGGAAAGAGUGGCAAAGUCCGACAGGGAACUGCGGAGCCAGGGCGUUUGGGUCAGGCAGCACACGAAAGCGAGAGAACAGCGCAGACAGCGCGCGAACCACCUCCUGGAGGUUUAUCGAUCCGAGCUGCUGAAGGAACAGCUCCGGGAGAUAGAGGCGCUGCACCUUGCCCCCGGAGAACAGCACGCGCACGCCACCAAAAACAUGAAAGACCAGAUCUUAGCCGCCGACCGCAUCAUGCGCACUGUAUUGCGCUAUGGACUAGUCGGAAACAUGGAGGAUGCCCACUACGUCAAAUACGCGGCAGAUGCAGCGCAGCGAGCGGGGUUGGCGUCGACAAACGGCGCCGCUGCCGCCGAAAUGAAGGCUGGUGGUGGUAGUGGCGCUGGCGGUGGUACCGCCAGAGAGCGUCCGAACGGAGACGGCGGCGUUGUGAAAGCAAGCAGCAAAAAGUCUGCCAGAGUGGCGACGAAGAAGAGGGCAGGAUCAAAACACGGGGUUGGGGACGAUUCGGGCGAACAGAUGUCUCCGUACAGUGUAGCUCUGGCCAGGCCGCUCCCGGCACGCGUCACCCCGGACACCGAGAGGCGAACUGGGCAGCUCAAAACAGCCAAACCUCCAUUGAAUGCCGGGCGAUUCGCCCUUGGGGAAGGACAAGGAACCGCGAGUGCGGCUGCCGAACAAGCCCGAAGGUCCCUGAUUCAAUCGGAACGACUCCGAACGUUUAGUCUUGCAGGACACCCCCUUCGCCGGGGUGCGGAAAAUGACACAACCGCAGUUCCGGCGUUGAUUCCCAUUCCCGAAGGCUUCGGUCAUGCGAACGGACAACACAAGUCUUUUGUGGCGGGUCGAAUCAUCGAGGCGUUACGAGCAAGCCAGGUUGACGCCAUUACCGGCAGGCAAAAACGGAUCGCGGUGCCGCUGUGGCAUCGAGCCACCGACGACAUGGAUUCCUCAGGAGCCGGCAGCGUUCUCUACUCGGACUUGAUUGGCCACACGUACUCCGUGCUCGUGGGACCAACGCGGGGGGUUGUGGGUCGAAGACAAGGGACGGGAUAG